AUGGCAAACAACAUCAUCCCCAUGCUCUGGACCCGCAUAACAAGCGGGUUCCCCGGCGCCGCAACAGACAUCCUCUUCCUGAUCCUGGACGAACUAGACGAGCUCGACCUCUUCAACCUAAUGGACACGCAGCCCGCCCUGGCCGGCUUCAUCCUCUGGACGUACGGCAUGCGCCGACGCUGGCCGCAGCACGUCACCAUCCUCAACAACGCCGACGCAGUCGACGCCUGGCACGCCGUGCGCCACCGGCGCAUCCAACGCGACCAAGAGAAAGAACGGAUCCGUUGGAACGUCGAGCAAGCUGAGCGCGCGAUUGGUAUCGGCGCGGGCCUCCCGGCGCGCGCGAAUCUCGUCCGCAUCGAUCUCGAGGAGAUGAGCCAGAAGCUUGUGCGGGCGCUGACGCAGCGGAGGCUGAUCAUGCAGCUGCAGCGCGAGCCCGUGCCGCGGGCAUUCAUGGGCGCCCCGCGUGCGAAUAUGACCCCGUCGCAGGCCUGGAACCGCGAUCUGGCGUGGAGUAUCCGGCGCCAGCUAGCGCACGACGCGGAGAACCUGCAGGCGGCCAUGGCGGCAGAUGAAAGACAGCUGGCCCUGUACACGGACAUGAUGGCGGCCGACGGCUCAACGGCCCCAACGCUGUCGACGAUCGCGCCGCAGCCCCGACCAAUCCACUGGGACGCCGUGCUGGCCAACGUGCAAACGGGGCUGCGCGACCUCCCGCCCAUCGAAGCGCUGGUGUACAACGAUGCCGUUGCUGCGCUGCGCGCCCUGCACCGUCUCGGCCUCUUCAAUCCCCUUGGCUACUCGCACAACGGCACGACGUGGCUUGCUAUCGCCGUCAUUGCGGAUUCCGUCCGUGUCGCUCGCUACAUCCUCGCUCGCUACACGCCCGCCAUGCUCGCCGCGCACGUCGAGCUCCCCGCCGUGAUCGCCCUGCCCGCCAAUCCACCCCCAAUGGACAACCACGUCGUGGCCUUCGCGCGGCACGAAUGGCCGGCGAGCUUCAACGCCGCGUGGCCGCGGUUCCGGCGCGCGUUCCCACCCGGCGCUCCGCCGAAUUUAGCUGCCAGUUUCCUAGCCGCGCCGGACAUGGAGAACCUGCUCUGGAUGGUGCCGGGCAAUGUUGCGGAAGAGCUGAGAGUCUGCGGCGUGGAUCUCUCGACUGUGACUCCGGCCGCUGUAGCGGGGUUCCACUUCCUCGGCGGCACACCGUGGCACGUUGCAGCAAGGAACACAAACGCGAGCUUCUUCGACUGGCUCGUCGCGCAGGGGGGCAUGAAGGCGCAGAUCAACGCGCUGGACGGCGCGAACCGCACGGCGCUGGAGAUCGCGUACCGCGGCCGGUUGGGCGGGGCGGUUGGGGGGCGCCGCAUCGACAACCUAGUCGGCGCGGAGCGCCUGGUGCACCACGGCUCGCACUUCUACGCGUUCGCCAAGGACAUCCUGGCCGGGCUGCCUGAGCCGCGCGGCGAUGCGUGGCUGCGCGCUGGACGCGGCGGUGAAGAGUGCGGUUGGGGCCGGGGCGAGUCCGCGGUGGCGGGGGAGGCUUGUGAGGCGCGCGAAGACCUUGAUUCGUUGGUUGGGCGAGGGGAAUGGGGUGGCGAGGGCGAGUUUGGGUCUCAGACGGUGGGAUCUGAAGAAGCCGGUGGAGGUGGCGGAGGGGCUGGGGUUGUAUUCGCUGAUGUAUCUGCUGCAGGAACGGCAGGCGGCGGCGAAUGGGAGGGCGGAUCGGACGCAGUAUGGGCUAAGGAAUCGGGUGAGGAAGAACUAUCGAGAGUGAGCGUGAGAGUGAGAGUGAGAGUGGACGACCGAGUGCUUGGAAUGGUGGUGGAUGAUGGCAGCAAUGCCGCUGGGUAUGGAAGUCUGGAGCUUCAUCACUUGAUCAAUGAGAGCAGCCUGACAUCCCGCCGAACAUACUUGACGCUGAAGAGGGCUUCAACCUGGAAGCAGCAGUGUCUCGGCCACUGUAUGGACUGGCCAUCCUAA